AUGGGGGACUUCAAUAAUGUUGUCUGUGGUGAGGAGAAAAUGGGUGGUAAUGGGGUUCGUAGAAGGAGGGUUGAGGAAUAUACUAGCUGUAUGAAUUGUUGUAAUUUAAUUGACUUGGGGUUCACAGGUCCUAAGUUUGCAUGGACUAAUAAGAGAGACCUCCCUAGUUUAAUUCAAGGUAGAUUGUAUAGGGUCUGGGCAAACCUGGAAUGGAAGUCUUGCUUCCCUGAGGCCCAUGUCAAGCACCUGGCGCGUAUUAACUCGAAUCAUUGCCCUCUGCUUUUAGCCUUGGAUAACCCUCCUAUUCGUACUGGUGAAAGGCCUUUUCAGUUCCAAUCGAUUUGGCUAAGCCACGAAAGCUUCCCUCCUAUUGUCCGUGAUGCAUGGGAGGGAAAUCAACAAAAUGUCAGAAGAGCAAUCAAUACCUUUACCCUUAAAGCUAUAAAUUGGAACAAGGAGGAGUUUGGUAAUAUUUUGUGA